GUUUGGAUUUGGGCCCAAGUUUCCCUUCCCUUCACUUUCUUGUGGAAUGUUUGGAGGAACUCUGAAAGAACUCGCGAGAGCAGCAGGGCGCAUGCGCAGUGCUGAGAGAGUCUCACAGGAAGUUGUAUUUCUGAGCACCUGGUUCAACGACUGACGAAUGUAACAGAGCUUAGCUGGAAUCACUCAGCCUUUAACAUGAUCUCAGCAAACAACCUGGAACAGCUGGCCGAGAUAGAGUUGCAGAAGGAAGAGGAGAAUCAGGAGCAGUUGUGCCCUGUAGCGCAGCCCAGUGGCAAUGCUUGUCAAGACGCAUCGCAUCCCUAUUAUGAUGUAGCGAGGCACGGCAUCCUCCAGGUUACAGGUGACGAUAAUUAUGGCAGAAAGCUGAUUAUUUUUAGCAGUUGCUGCAUGCCCCCAUCACAUCAGCUCAAUCAUCAUCGACUGCUGGAGUAUAUGAAGUAUACAUUAGACCAGUAUGUUGAGAGUGACUACACAGUAGUUUACUUUCACUACGGCUUACGCAGCAUCAACAAACCCUCUCUGAGCUGGCUCCGAAACGCUUACCGGGAAUUCGACAGAAAGUACAAGAAGAAUCUUAAAGCCCUCUAUGUUGUCCACCCCACAAAUUUUAUCCGGAUCCUUUGGAAUGUAUUCAAACCUCUUAUAAGCCACAAGUUUGGUAAGAAGCUAACCUAUGUGAACUAUCUGGCAGAGCUAAGAGAACACGUCAACUAUGAACAGCUCAUCAUCCCACAUGCUGUAUUAAGGCAUGAUGAAGAGCUCCGUACUGCUCGGAAAGGAGGAUCCACUCUUCCAGCGAAGGCUCCGCCCCCUCGACCUCCACUGCCCACACAGCAGUUUGGUGUGAGCUUACAGUACAUUCGAGAGAGAAACAAUGGUGUAUUGAUUCCUCCUGUGAUGUCUCAAACUGUGUCCUACCUCAAACAUCAAGGGCUGAAAACUGAAGGGAUCUUCCGAAGGUCAGUCAGAGUGCAGCUCAUCAAGGACAUCCAGAAACUCUAUAACCAGGGCAAGCCAGUUAACUUUGAGCAGUAUGAUGAUGUUCAUGUUCCUGCUGUGAUCUUGAAGACGUUUCUCCGGGAGCUGCCAGAACCUCUACUCACCUUCACGUUAUAUAACCAGAUACAAGAUCUUACCAAGAUGGAGAGCAGCUUGCGGGUUUCAAGGUGCAAGAGGAUUGUGGAGUCGCUUCCCGAGUACAACUUCAUCGUGGUCAAGUAUCUCAUCUGUUUCCUGCAUAUGGUAUCUCAGGAGAGCAUAUUCAAUAAGAUGAGCUCCUCUAACCUGGCAUGCGUGUUCGGGGUUAACCUGGUGUGGCCUCGUCACGGCGGUGUGUCUCUGAGCGCCAUCACACCACUCAACAUAUUCGCAGAGCUGCUCAUCGAGCACUACAGUGCCAUCUUUAGCUCCCAUUGCCCUCCACAGCAGGUACUGCCCUGAGUGUGCCCUCCACACACUCCCACUACAGCUCACAGCAGGAAGCCCAGCACCUGGCCUUGUUGUUGUUAUUGCAUGUGCCACUGAUAUGAUGUAUGGACACUCAGUGACCUGUGGAGUCAUGGGACAAAAAAAUCGACGCUCUGUAAGCUUAUUGUACUGUGGACCGAAACACUAAGACUGCACAUUGUGGAUUCUACUUUAACACUAAAAACACACAAUGUCUUUUAUUAUGAUGAAUGUAUUUACUUCUGAACUUCUCAUAAGUUAGGUUUAGCGAACACACCGAGCCACAGUUAGCACUGAUCUCUUUGGAUUAAUUAUAAAUGAAAAUGUUAAGGCACGUGUUUCUACAGGGGCAGCAAACAUUACGUUAAUGCCAUAUACUGUACAUUAAUAUGUAUGCAUAGUGUUUAUUAUACAGUUCCUUGCUCAAGUACUGAUGUGAGGUAUAUGGGCUUGUAUAUCUCUCUCUCACACACACACACGCACAGCUUUAGCCAUGAACAAAGGUAAAUGCACAAAGCAAAUUUCCCUUAAAUUGCAACUGCACUCAAGAUUGCCAUGGCAACCGUUCACUGGAUGCAGCAGUGAUCAUCUUGAAGGGGUGAAAUUAUAAAAGCAUUGACCUGUUAUGAAAUAACAUUCCCAAUACUACAUUUUUAUGCUUUGCUGGUCUUUUUAUUAAAUUUUAUAGUCCACUAAUGAGUUAUGUAGACUUGAUUGCGUCUGACCUGAUGCCAGAUAAUGACUCUAAGAUAAGUGGCUGCUCGGUACUGAUCUAGAUUUGAAUCAUCCUUCACCAUUUAGGUCAUUUUAUCAACACCCUCUGCUCAUCCAGCACACAUUUCAUGGUAAAAGUGCAACGAUGGGUCUGUAUUAAGGUCAGAGAUUCUUUAAAACCCUCCUAGAGCCAAAUUACAGGCCAUCAGCCAGAAUAUGAUGUUGACAAGAAAAGGUAAGAGUUUGUGUAUCGGUUAUGAAAGAAUAUUUUCCUGAAGGAGUUGCUACAAGGCUUAGUGUUGGAAUUGUUAAUAUCAUUCAAAUGUAGCUUAUCUGUAUAUAGAUAUCAUGUCUGAUUUUAUACCAGAUUAAUCUACCUGUACUGGUUUCUGAUACUAAUGUGUUAAGCUAUUUUAAUAGAUGAAGCCAAUAAAAUGAGGAAUACUUUAAUAAAG